GGCAAGCACUGCGCGCGUUCCUGCCCUGAUUGGUGCGCCGGUGAUCACCUGAUCCGACACUCGGACGCCGCAAGGGCAUCAGUUAUGGCGCGUUUGCUGCUAUCGGGGCGGAUGGCGCUGGGUCGGCAGCUGCGGAACUACGGCGACAGCAGCCAGCUGGGAGAACUGGGAAAAGGAGCCGGCAAGGGUGGUGGUGGUGGAGGAACCAUUAGAGAAGCGGGAGGUGCUUUUGGUACCAGACAAGCUGCUUUAGAAGAGAAGUAUUUCAAGGAAAAGGAAAGAGAUCAGAUUGAAAAUCUGAGGAAGCAUCAUCUGGAGGAGAUUCAACACCACGAACGUGAGAUCCAACGCUUGCAGGAUGAGGUUAAACGUCACAAGAGCAAGAUCAAGAAACUGAGGCUUAAUAAUGACGUAGAUGACUAGAUGUUCUAAUAUUGUUUGGUUAUCCAUACAUCGAUCAUGGGGGGGUCAAUUAAUCUUUAUGUAAUCAUGUUUGGCUGCACCAACUACAUAUCAAUAAAGAUGCCAUCUGAAUAAAUUGUACUUUGGGCUUGUAUGGAACAUGAGCUUGCUGAUUUUUUUCCCUGUAUAUAAAAUCAAAAGCCUUGAUCACUGCAAAUUCAUAAAUUUUUUUUUGAGAUGCAGAAUAUGCCCCCUGGCCCUUUUGAGCCACGUAGCCCAGCGAUCUCCCCCACCGAUUUAUCUGAGUCACAGGACAAUUUACAUUGACCAAUUAACCUACCAGCUGGAAACCCAUGCUGUCGCGGAGAAAAUGUACAAGCUGCUUUCAGGCAGCAGUGGGAAGGGAAUGUAUUUUUGAUUUCUUGAACACGAUUUACAUACAGUAACAAAUGCAUUUCCCCCGUUCUGUGUGCAAAUUUAUUUUGGCCUCAAGCAGGUACUGGUUGGAAAAAGACCCAUCUGUGGUUUUCCAUAUCUUUUUAUUCAAGGGGAUCUUUUCUCAUAUACCAGGUUUCACUAGUAGAAAUUGUUGCUGACCUGUGGGGAAGACACCAUGGUCUACCCUCUCCCGUCCCCUCUGGUAAGAUCAUUUAUUAGUAUUUCUGGAAUUAAUGGUUGCUUAGUCCAUGUGACUAUGGGUAUGGCCUUUGCUGGUAAAAGAUAAUCAACUCCAUCUGUGUAUGGUGCUGUUACAGAAGUAUAUAGCUGUACCAAAAGGUAAGCUGAUGUAUGGUUUUUCACAUGGUUCAGUGGUUCCAUUUAAUAUCAGAGCAUGUAUGUAGUGUACAACCUGAAAUUCCUGCUCUUUGCAGACAUCCACAAAACAAGAAAAUACUAAAGAAUGUGUUGUGUAUGUGGCCUGGUUACACAAUAAUGCUAUUAAUAAAAACGCUGGACACGGGA